GGAGCCGUUAAGAGAGAAGAAGGUCAGCCUCGAAAGGAGAAGACCCGCCGUAUGCAAAACACAGCAGUCUAAAAGAAGAUGACAGAAGACACUGUCAAGACAUGCAGAAUGACCAUGUAUCCUUAUAGAAGAAUAGAAGAAAAGAAUCCAAGAAUGACAAUGGAUCUUGUAAAUAGCAUAUCUAAUUUGCUUACGUUCCAUUUGAACUUGUUCAGAUUUGUAACUGUAGCUACACUGAAGAGCUAUGAAGUGGCUUUGUGUGCUGCUGAUGAGAAAUAUCCAGUGUCGCAUCUGGAUAUGUUCAAUGUUGAUUCCAAAGAAAUGCAAUCCAGCUCCACACUGCUUUGAUUAUGGCUGUCGACUGCUGUCACAUCACAGGAGCAAGAACAUCAAAGAUUCUUACAGGCUUCUUAAACUACAGGAAGGCUGCUCACUGGAAGAUGUUAGAAAUGUAUACCGAGACCUUGCCAAGCAAUAUCAUCCAGACAGUGGAUCAGCUUCAGCAGAUUCUGCAACUUUUAUUAAGAUUCAAGAAGCAUAUACAACUGUGCUUAAUGAUUUAACCGAGAAAAUGAAAUCAAGAGAAAAGGCAGAGGAUGAAGAAGAAGACAGAUUAAAAUCUAAAGCGCCACAACACAGACACUAUUUAAGUUUUGAAGGUGUCGGUUAUGGUACUCCAAGUCAAAGACAAAAGCAAUAUACACAGUUUAGAGUUGAUCGGGCUUCUGAACAGGUCAUGGAAUACCGAAAGCAGGUCAUGGAGAGGCAACUUGCUAUGAAUGAAUCUAUGUUAGCUAAAGAUGUGCGGCACAGCAAGAAAGCAAAGAUCACCCAAGCAAUUGAGCGAUUGGUCGAAGACCUGAUUCAGGAGUCCAUGGCAAAAGGAGAUUUUGAUAAUCUUAGUGGUAAAGGAAAGCCUUUGAGAAAAUUUUCAGAUUGUCCACAUAUUGAUCCUAUGACUCACAACCUGAACCGGAUCCUGAUAGACAAUGGAUACCAACCAGAAUGGAUUGCCAUGCAGAAAGAAAUAAGGGAAACCAUUGAAAAGCUAAGAAAGGACAUGGUUAUUUCUAGGAAGAAACUAGGAAAUCCAAUGACACCACAGAAAGAGAAGCAGUGGAAGGAAGUUUGUGAACAGUUUGUUGAAAACAUCAAGACAUUAAACAAACGGAUUAACGAUUUCAAUUUAGUUGUUCCUAUUCUCAGCAGACAGAUGGUGCAUUUUAAUGCAGGCAAAGAAAUUGCACGUGUGCAGGAGCUCCACACAACCCAGGUGGAAAAAAAGAAUGAACACAACACAAAAGAUUCAGGAAACAAAAGUGAUGGACCACUUGGUGUUAAAACCAGUUUCUUAAAAUGGAUUACACUUGCUUUGAAGUAGAAUUAAGUAGAUAAUAAUUUGCUUUGUCUAUAAAACACAGAUUCUUUCAACAGAUCUCUCCCCCCCUUCUGUUUUACUGUUGAAACCAUGUCUAAUUCAAAUAGAUAAGUGAAAAGGACAGGAUUAAAUAAACACAUUCUACUAGUAA